CUUUAAGUGUUCGUUGGGCGCCGAGGAUGUCCCCAAGUCGUCCAUUGCGACAACGGGACGAACUUCGUCGGAGCGAGUCGCCACUUCCGGGCCCUUCGAGAGAGGAUAGAGGACGAAGCCUGGGCCUCCAAAUAAGGGGCAAGUGGCACCAGCAGCAGCCCAACAUCAGCGACGGAGAUCUCGUCCUCGUGGCCGAGGACAACCUGCCGCCCCAACAAUGGCUCCUCGGCAGAAUAGUCGCCAGGCACGCAGGGGAGGACGGCAUGGUCAGGGUCGUCGACGUGCGGACUAGUGGAGGAGGCCUUUUCCGGCGGGCCAUUUAUAAGUUGGCGCCGCUUCCAUUGUGUUGAAGCCCGAUGGGUGUUCAACGGGGCCGGUGUUCGCUCAAACUUGAAUUAUAUUGAAAUUUGUUAAAAAUAAAAACUUGAAGUUUAGUGUAAGUUAGUUUAGGGCGAAGGCGGGAGCACAAUAAAGUUUUCUCUCGCUCUCGGCGAAGUCGCCCCGUCUUCGCCAACCUUCGUUAAGCUAGGCUCUAAGUUCUUUGUCGAAAUAUAUGUAAGCAUUCGUUGAAAUUGA